UUCCUUCCGUGAACUCUUCCCUCAUAGGUACUUUGGUGCCUGUCAGCCUUAGGCUUUCAGCCAUAGGCUUCCAGGAGACCCAGAUGCUGAGCGGCUGGUGUUGACCCAGGGUCUGUACAGAGAACCUCAUCAGUCAGCAUUUAUUUCCCUUUUGCUUAGAAGACUGAGCUCUGUAGCGUGCUUAGUACCUUAUUGAACAUUUACCUAAAUGCAGUGCUGGUGGGUAUUGCAGGUCGGAUAAAGAUUGGAGUGUAGGAGUUUGUUUUUUAGUAGAUAUGAUGAAUGAAACAGAAAGAUAGCUCUACCACAGGCAGAAAAGUCCCUUGCCAUGUGAGUCUGCACAGUGCUUUCGUGUACUACAUCUAAAGGAGCUGGUGCUGUUUGGAACAAGACAGAAGUCUUCUGAGGAAUGCAUCUCUAAAAUUGACGGUGCAAGUCAAUGGGAAAAUGAUUGGACAUGAAUACACUUGUGGUACAAGUGGUUUCUUGAGAGAAGUCCUGAGAGAAUUUAGUGAUUUCGAUUUAUAGACUCAUACAAAAUACAUGUACUAGGACUCAUCUGAAUUAGAGUAUCCCAAGGAAAUGACGUGUAGCUGCCGCCUUGCUCCUGCCUGCCUCCUAUAAACUUUUACUUGAAUACCUAGUUUACACUGAACUCUACGCCAGGACUGAGAGAGAGAGGUUCCCAGCCUCUAGGAGCAUAGAGAAGAGUGUUCGAAUGCGGCGUGAUUUGUGAGACUCCAGGGCCUUCAAGCUGUGAUUAAUCAGAUGGUUCCUGAAAUGACUGGGAAGACAGACACUUUGGUGCCCAUCGAAGAGCGUAUGUCUGUGUAUAUCUAAGACCUUCUUUGUACACAUACACAUUAACACCAGAAGACAGGCUCAUUCUUGUGCACACUUGAAGAGUUUUACAGCUGAUGAAAAUUAAUUUAAGAAUCAGAUGGAGCAACUUGACACUACUGGGCUCAGGAGCCCGGGGAGAAAAAUAUGUUACUAAUGGUCAGUUUUCCACAUGGUCUUCACGGGUAAAGAAAGUUUGCAAAAAGAAGAAAAAAAAACUUGCACAGUUCAAGCCUCAAAAAUACCUCUGCAUUUUAAAGAAGGAACUAAGUGAGAAGGUGGCCGGGGGAGAAGCGUGGUGUCAAGCAGCACGGGCGGCAUCAUGCAGCGGGUUUUGCACUUUAUUUUCCAGUGUUUUUGGUGAUUUGGACAGACUUCAAAACUCUGGACUGAGAAGUAACUCUGGCUGUGUGUCUGACUACAGGAAAGCAAGGUCAGGUAUGAUGGGACAAGUUUGAACGAUGACCUGGUUCCUUUGCCUUUUUCAGUUAACUGUAUUCUCGAAGUUUUAAUUUAUUAUUUCCCUUUUCCUUUCCCAUAUCUGUAGGAUAAUAUUUUAAAGUAGCAACUGAAACCAAUAUUUACAAAAUAAGUAUCAAGGAACAUCCAAGCAAAGCUUCUUUUCCUUGGACUUUACACGUGGCAUUUGGAAGCACCUCUGAAUGUGAGCAGGAGAGUGCCCAUCAGCACAACAUGCUGACUCUUUAGGGAAACAGUGCGGAAGAUCCCGACACUUGUCUGUGUUUUCAUUUUAAGGGCUUCUCUUCCCUGUUGAGUCCGUAUAGGAGGAAGAGUACUUGAUAGACUUAAUUCUGAGAUUAGUCUUUUCCUUCAAGAUGGAAAAAUAGGUGAUCUUUAGGAGCAGAAAGGGGAGAAGCCAGUAGGGGAGGGAGGAAGGAGACGGGGCAAAAGAGAAUCCUGUAGUGAGGCUCGGUUUUGUCAACGAGAGGAUUUAGGAUUCACCCGAGGUGAACGCUUGUGCCACUUCAAGAGCUUUAGAACCUUCUGGCUCUGUGAGUGAAGGGGUUUUCUCUCUCCGCCUCUAUGGCACCGAGGAAUGCACUGGUCUGUGGAGGGCCAGUCAGAUGGAGCCCAGCUCUCCGCCAGGACACAGCAACCUGCCUGCUGGGAAGCCAGGCCGGGCCCUGAGGUGGGAAGUUUCUGGUUCGGAACAGUGGGGAGAGUCUUUUUUCCUUGCUGAGCUUGGACUGCUCUCUGCACAAACUCUGGUCUGUUUUGCACGGUUUGUGUGCCUUUUUUUCCCUUUAUGCAAUCUUUUUCAGCUUCAGCAGCAGAAAUUUGUCUAGUUGAGAAAACAUGCCAGAGGGUGGCUUCAGAAUGAUGAUUCAGAAGAUGAUCCCAUGUGUUCUGUCUCUGCAUCUGAACUUUUGAAGAGAAAAUUCCAGCUCGAGGGAUUCUUUAAAGCCUUAAGUUACUUGAAAUCUAUGUAUUUGCAACCCUUUGUCUCUGGAAUCGUAUUACACUAAACUGGAAUCUCAGGCUGAAUGAGAAUAACCAAGUUGCGUAAAAAGAAGAAAGCCCCGUUUCUUGAUCAGCACGUGUUAAUGACGCUCUUCCUCUAAGGACUUGAAAAUAAAAAUGAACGCAUGUUGUUUUUAAGCAUUACCUUUUCCUAGCAGACUGCCAUCAUCUUUUCUAGAGGAAUUUUUUCACUAUGCAUUUGGUGGAUCUUUAUAAAAUACUGACCUUGUAAUUAGAUCUAGGUCAGUCUUCAUUAAAAGGGGUCGGGGAAAACAACGCAAGCCAACCACAAAAAUCACAUCAGUCAAUUGAUACAUGAAAAGAAUUGGUUUAAGUUUUUCGGCAUUCAGCAUUACUUUUUAAAUAAAACAGUUCACUGAAAAAAAGUAUGUAUGCAGCGGUGGAACAUGGGCCUGUCCUUUGCAGUGACUCCAACAUCCUCUGCCUGUCCUGGAAGGGGCGCGUUCCCAAGAGUGAGAAGGAGAAGCCGGUGUGCCGGAGGCGCUACUAUGAGGAGGGCUGGCUGGCCACGGGCAACGGCCGGGGCGUUGUCGGGGUGACCUUCACCUCGAGCCACUGCCGCCGGGACAGAAACACGCCACAGAGAAUAAACUUCAACCUGCGGGGCCACAAUAGUGAGGUUGUGCUGGUGAGGUGGAAUGAGCCAUACCAGAAGCUGGCCACGUGUGACGCAGAUGGAGGGAUAUUUGUGUGGAUUCAGUACGAAGGGAGGUGGUCUGUGGAAUUGGUCAACGACCGAGGGGCUCAGGUGAGUGAUUUCACGUGGAGCCAUGAUGGGACUCAAGCACUUAUUUCAUAUCGAGAUGGGUUUGUCCUGGUUGGUUCUGUCAGCGGACAAAGACACUGGUCAUCUGAGAUCAACUUGGAAAGUCAAAUCACAUGUGGCAUAUGGACUCCUGAUGACCAACAGGUGCUGUUUGGCACGGCUGAUGGGCAGGUGAUCGUCAUGGACUGCCACGGCAGGAUGCUGGCCCACGUCCUCCUGCACGAGUCCGACGGCAUCCUCAGCAUGUCCUGGAACUACCCUGCCUUCCUGGUGGAGGACAGCAGUGAGAGCGACACCGACUCGGACGACUACUCUCCGCCCCAAGACGGUCCAGCAGCGUAUCCCAUCCCGGUGCAGAACAUCAAGCCACUACUCACCGUCAGCUUCACCUCGGGGGACAUCAGCUUAAUGAACAACUACGAUGACUUGUCUCCUACUGUCAUCCGCUCAGGGCUGAAAGAGGUGGUGGCCCAGUGGUGCACCCAGGGAGACCUCCUGGCUGUCGCUGGUAUGGAACGGCAGACCCAGCUUGGUGACCUCCCCAACGGCCCUCUUCUGAAGAGUGCCAUGGUCAAGUUCUACAAUGUCCGCGGGGAGCACAUCUUUACUCUGGACACGCUUGUACAAGUGCACACCACCCCAGCUUGCUGUCCUCAUGGGUCGUGCCUUCUGAUGGGGAAGUCGUUUAAGAAGAGGGUGACGUGGGUCUCAGACAGCCUGCUUCCAGGGAGUGUGGCGAGCUGUUUCUGCCUCCAGGGCCCUCAGACAGAUGAAAUCUACGGAAACAGCUUGAUCUCCUCCAUGCUGGACAGCUGCAACUGCUCGGACUCCAGUGACGUGGAACUGAGUGACGACUGGGCUGCCAAGAAAUCCCCCAAAAUCUCCCGCGCUAGCAAGUCACCCAAACUCCCAAGGAUCAACAUUGAGGCCCGGAAGUCUCCCAAGCUGUCCCGGGCUGCUCAGGAGAUGUCCAGGUCUCCCCGGUUGCCGAUGCGCAAGCCCUCCAUUGGCUCGCCCAGUCUGACGCGAAGAGAGUUUCCCUUUGAAGACAUCACUCAGCACAACUAUCUUGCUCAGGUCACGUCUAAUAUCUGGGGAACCAAGUUUAAGAUUGUGGGCUUGGCUGCUUUCCUGCCAACCAACCUCGGUGCAGUAAUCUAUAAAACCAGCCUCCUGCAUCUCCAGCCGCGGCAGAUGACCAUCUAUCUCCCAGAGGUUCGGAAGAUUUCCAUGGACUAUGUUAAUUUACCUGUCUUCAACCCAAAUGUUUUCAGUGAAGACGAGGAUGAUUUACCAGUGACGGGAGCUUCUGGUGUGCCCGAGAACAACCCGCCGUGCACAGUGAACAUCCCUAUCGCACCCAUCCACAGCUCGGCCCAGGCUAUGUCCCCCACUCAGAGCAUAGGCUUGGUGCAGUCCCUGCUGGCCAACCAGAAUGUGCAGCUGGACGUCCUGACCAAUCAGACCACGGCAGUGGGGACAUCGGAGCAGGGAAGCGACAGUGCCACCCAGUACCCCGUCUCCAACCGCUACUCCAACCCUGGACAGGUGAUCUUCGGAGGUGUGGAGAUGGGCCGCAUCAUCCCGAACCCUGCUCAGCUGUCCCUGCCGCCGCCCGUGCAGGGGGCGAUCCAGCUGUCGGUGGUGGACCACGGAGACCGGGACCAUGAGCACCUGCAGAAGUCGGCCAAGGCCCUGCGGCCAGUGCCGCAGCUGGCUGCCGAAGGGGACGCAGUGGUGUUCAGUGCCCCACAGGAGGUCCAGGUGGCGAAGAUGAACCCCCCACCCCCCUACCCGGGAACCAUCCCUGCUGCCCCCACCACGGCAGCGCCGCCGCCCCCGCUGCCGCCCCCGCAGCCCCCGGUGGACACGUGCCUGAAGAAGGGCGAUUUCUCGCUGUACUCCACCGUGGCACAUUACCAGACGCCCCUGGGCUAUGAGAGGAUCACCACCUUUGACAGCAGCGGCAACGUGGAGGAGGUGUGCCGGCCUCGGACACGGAUGCUCUGCUCCCAGAACACCUACACCCUCCCCGGUCCGGGCAGUUCGGCCACGCUGAGGCUCACCGCCACCGAGAAGAAGGUCCCCCAGCCCUGCACCAGUGCGACCCUGAACCGCCUGACGGUCCCACGCUACUCCAUCCCGACAGGAGACCCACCCCCGUACCCCGAAAUCGCCGGCCCGCUUGUGCCCGGACGGGGCGCGGCCCAGAGGCCCGACAGUCUCAUCCACGCCACGCUGCGCAGGAACAACCGCGAGGUGGCGCUCAAGAAAACCUUGAUCAGAGUCACCUUGGUCGGCAAACCUGUCUCCUGGGCUGGGCUGUCCCCUUCCCUCAGGAGCCACACAGACAUGGUUGUGUUUCCCACCUUGUAUUCUUUUCAUGUCUUCGCUUCUCUGCCCUCUCCACCCCCACCCCAGGUGAUGCAGUUUGGAAGGAUUGAUGGCAACGCGUACAUUCUGGACUUCCAGUACCCCUUCUCAGCUGUGCAGGCCUUCGCCGUUGCCCUGGCCAACGUGACUCAGCGCCUGAAGUGAAUAGACUGGUAUGGGGCGGAAAGAGAGGCAAAGGAGCCUUUUCAGAGAGGUCUCCUCAGCGCUGCUCGAGGAGCCGCCCGGGGCCCCAGGUGUCCGGGGACCAGAAGACAAGAGCAAAACUGGAAGACUCUGUCAGGCCCAGGAGAGGGGACUGACCUUUAAUUGUUGUCAUUUGUUUGGGCUUUUAUAAUCCUUUAUUGUUUCUCUUUCUUCUUUCUUUUUAAACAAAAAGAGAAUGCAGAAGAGUGGUAUUUGGAAGCAAAGGGUGCGAGGCACCUGGUGUUCCUUUAGGAAACACAGUUGCUGUGGUAAUGUCCUCCUGUGUUUGCUUCUGUCAGCUGCCAAGACAAGGGGCCCUCAAGGAAGGUAGGCUGCCUUCCCACCUGCUGUUCUUUUAGACUAGGGAGUGUGCAUUAUCUCCAUUCUCCACACAUCUAGCUUUAUUACUCCUUAUCAUAACCACUAGUGUGAAAACAAAAAACUCUUUAAAAAGACAACCAAAAGUCCUGAAGGUACAGGUUCUUGUAGGGGGACAUUGAAUUCACACACGUCCUGUUACUUCCCCAGAGUGACGGAUUGAUGGAGGGUGUCCCGGCAGGUGCGCGGGGUUUGACUCAUGGAAGCGGACUGUGUGCAGGGCUGCUCUUACCGGCUAGAAAUACAGUUUGCUCGUGCUGACACGGGAGGAAGGCGCGCCUGCACAUGGAUGCGUGGGGGAUGUACGUGGUGGGAUUUGAGUAGUACAGGGGCUCUGCUCCUCUCUGGAGGCUGUCCGCGUUGAAGACCCCACCAGUUUUAGAACGUGUCAGAAUUCCAUCGGUUCAGUGAGGCUUGCCUUCGGGAGAAGGGGAGAGACGAAAUGGAGCGGUCCUGGUGUGUGGUGGGUAGCGACCUGGUCACCCAGCGCCUUGGGCAGUCACUAGGUACUGGCCUGCUGAAAAGCAACCUUUGCCCCCUCCCCCUUCUGUGGCAGAAGUCAUUCUCCUUCCCAAUAGAUAAGUGUACCACACUUUCUAAAAAUGCUGAGGACACUGAUCUGAAAGCACGCCUUUCUUCUUCUCAGCCACAUUAAAAUUCAGUUGACUAGAGAUGUUUCCUAAUAGUUUAGAAAUGUAACAAAAUUGUAAGCAUUUGCCAGGGUAUUAAAAGAUAGAGCUAUAGUCAUCUCUUUGAAAAAAGUCCCACAGUUGUAUCUAGGAGAAAAAAAAGUUCCUUAUUAACUGUACAGACUGUUGGAUAAACCACUGGGAACACAUUAGUAAAAUUAUAGUACUUAAGACAGCUGGUUAAUUACCAAAAAGAAAAAAACCCAGAAAUCCCCUGAGAUUAUUUUUCCCCUCCAUCUCCUCCUUAGGGGACACUUUGGGCAGGGUCAGCCCUGAUAGCAAAACCCAGUUCACUGUUGUCAGUUGCUCAAACCUGUGAUGUUUUUGGGCGGGAGCACAGGAACUGUGUACUGGCAGAGAUUCCUCAAUCUGGAUUUUGUUUGGAGCAGACAAAUGAAAGACACUGUAGAAAAGUCUUUUGAAAGUAUGUGUUUUUACAUUCCUUGUUUUGGUUUAAAAACUAGAAAAGAAACUGGCCCAUUCCUUCCCCACAGCAAGACGACAUCACUCACCAUUCUCUCCAAACCCUGAAGAAACACAGAUGAAGACAUCUCCCACCUAACAUCCAAGUUUUCCAUCUUAUAUUUUAAAAUACUGAACCUGAUUCUUUGUGGGUAAAUUCUUUGAGAAAGAAUUUAGCAAUGUAUUCAGAAUUAUAUAAUUCUUUUAUAGGAGUUUUUGUAGCUUGGUAAGAUGUUUCAGUGCUUAUUAUUAGUUGUGCAAUAAUGGUUAUGGCCUAUUUCUAAAAUAAUUUAAAUGCAGUUCCCCUGUUUUGUUGUCCAAGAGAUUAUUUAUCUUGCUUUAAUAGUGUUCUUAGGAAUUAUUUUGUUACUAUGUACUGGUGAGCUAUGCCCAUUUUAUUUAUUUAGAAAAAUAGUGUGUUUGUAAUGAGUUAUUUGGUAGCAGCAUACUUUGCUGCAAGAAAUAAAGAGGAUAUGAUAGAA